AUGGAGACCCUCCCAGUUGAUUUGUCUAGCCCUGCGAUUAAAUUCUACCUCGCUCUUGUCAGAUUACAGGUUCUCACACCUCUCUCACUUCUUCUCAAUAUAGCGUCUAUCCUGGUAUGCACUCUUGUCGCCAACCCUUCAAUACGAGAGGUUUCUCGUUUACAUCCGACGGCGAUUACUCCAAAUUCGCAUGCGAUGGCCAUAUAUAUUGGGACGAUAUGGCUUGGGCAAAUUGGAUACUGUGUUCUAUUGGUUCUUGCGAGAAAGGAUGAAACCAAAAGGGCCAUGGUCAGUGCCGUAGGAUUGGCGUUGGUGUUUGGUAAUAUUGUUAUGGGGUUGUGGGCAAUUGCAUUCGUCAUGCAAUGGUUCUUGUUAUCUACUAUUCUUCUAGGGAUACUUCUUCUUCUGCUCUGCUUUUCCAACGCCGCUCUUCUCAUCUAUCACCCGCCUGUAUCUUCCAGACCCCUUGACACAGCACUCAUUCACGCACCUAUGCGCUUCUACUUAAUUCUUCCUUUCAGUAUUCUAUUCCCUUUAUCACUAUUCAUAACGCUGGGCCUUUGGUACACACCCACACCACCUGGUCCACCAACAGACCCGGCAGCUUACCAUGCGACUGCCGCUUUCGGUGUUGUCCUAGGUACCAAUCUAUUUGGACUUAUAGUCAUCGCGCUCCGCCGCGACAUCAUAUGGUGUAUUGCCUCAACGUGGAUAGCCGUCAGCCUGUGGAGUGCAAUGCCAAAGCCAGCAGCCGUAUCUAUUACUGCAAUCACAUUCACCGUACUACACCCACUCAUCCUACUCCUGUCCCUCAUAUAUGAACGUUUCUAUUCACGGAAGCGCCCAAAUCGAAUCGCACUAGUCGGAGACGAACGUGGGCUAUACAACACUCCUACUCCUGACCCUACACCAGCAAACUUCGGCCAAACUCGAACGGCAGAGAUACCGAACGGACCAGCUGAAAUUGACGAAGAAACAUGGGGUUAA